AUGAGUUUCAGAGGAGGUAACAGAGGUGGUCGUGGUGGCUUCCGUGGCGGCUUUCGUGGUGGACGUGGUGGCGGUGUUAGAUCAUUCCAACAAGGACCACCAGACGCUGUUUUAGAAAUGGGAGCUUUCGUACAUCCAUGUGAAGGUGAUAUUGUUUGCCGCUCCAUCAACACUAAGGUUCCCUACUUCAAUGCGCCAAUAUAUUUGGAAAAUAAAACUCAAGUUGGUAAAGUCGAUGAAAUAUUGGGUCCAUUGAAUGAAGUUUUCUUCACCAUAAAAUGUGGUGACGGUGUUCAAGCUACCAGUUUCAAAGAAGGUGACAAAUUUUACAUCGCUGGUGACAAACUCUUGCCUAUUGAAAGGUUUUUACCUAAACCAAAGGUAGCAGGCCCACCAAAGCCAAAAAACAAGAAGAAGAGAGGUGGUGCUCCAGGCGGUCGUGGCGGCGCACCAAUGGGCCGCGGUGGUGCUAGAGGCGGCUUCAGAGGCGGAUCUCGUGGUGGUAGUUCAUUCAGAGGCGGAUCUCGUGGUGGUAGUUCAUUCAGAGGUGGAUCUCGUGGCGGCUCAUUCAGAGGUGGUUCCCGUGGUGGUUCCCGUGGCGAUUUCCGUGGUGGUUUCAGAGGGGGUAGAAGAUAA